AUGGUGGAUACGGGAGAGGUGAAGAAUGUGUCCGACUCGGCAUUGAAGUCACGAAAAGGCGGCAAGACACAUUCACUGGACGAUUACGAAGACUACGAGUUGAUGGAUCGAGGACGCCUUCCAGACGAAGAGGACGCCGAUCUGUUCCGAGUACCGGAUACCGCUGGUGGAGCUGGUUUCGUGCCAUCCGGUUCAACUGACAGAUGGCUAGAUGGUACAAAGUACCGUGUCGGGGACUGCCUGCCGUACCGUGGAGAGGCAUGCCGGCAAUUCUUGAGUGGGCGGAGUGUGAUGAUGACAAGUGAGAGUCGAGAAGAUAUGUAUGAUAUUGAUAGAAACCUGCGGGCGGCCAUGAUGUUCAUCAACGGUGCCCCGACGAUCUCGCAACAGUGUCGGCAGAUAUCGACGAACGUCGCCUGCUUCCACAUGUACAAAGUGUGUGACCCGAGGUCUUCCGUGGAGAACCGACGAGUGCUGAGCGUCUGUAAAAAGGACUGUGAUGAGAUUCAGAAUCGCUUGUGCCCGUCGGAAUUGGCGUUGGCUGCGCAGCACGAGCUGGUGGGUGACGGUCCAAAAGCUCUCUUUCCACACUGCUCGGCCCUCUCGUCGUCAUCCAAUAAUUGUAUUGGCGUUCUCGACUCUCCAACUCCCGUGAUGCCAAUCGAGUCGGAGAUCCCACGUGGUCACCUAACGCAUUUCUGCUAUGUGGACAGUGGGAAGCACUACGAGGGUGCUGCCUCCACAACCGUAACAGGAAAGACGUGCAUGAACUGGAAUGAUGCUCCUUCAAGGGAAUACAACGUCGCCAGGUAUCCAGAGCUGCUCUAUGCCAAAAAUUACUGCCGAAAUCCUGGAGGAAAGAAGACGAAGCCUUGGUGCUACUCGCAACCACUGGGUCAGGAGGAGUACUGCGAUAUCCCUCAGUGCUCCAGAGAUAUGUUCCCCCAUUUGAGCGAUAGCAAUACCAACACGGGUAAUACAAAUGUGGCUCUGGGAGAUUCAUUGACGUCCAUGUGGGAGAAUCUCGCUCCACAUUGGCAGCUUGCUGUGGUUGGGGGCGGCGUUCUGUCUCUUCUACUCUUACUGCUCCUGUUCUGCUGCAUUUGCUGCUGUCGAACGCGGAAAAAGAACUCUGCGAAAGGUAGAGGCACAUCUGCUGCUCAUUCUCUCCUACCUGCUACAAAUCCUCCAUCUGUUGUGAAUAGCGCUGCGAAUUCUGCUUACUAUCAACGGAAAAUGAACGGCACUUCCACACCGAUUAUGUCCCGUGCUGGAAUCGGCAGUGGUCCGAUGGAAAUGGCCUCACUUCUACCAUCACAUGCCGUUCCACCACCAUACGGCGAACCUUUUCACGUACCUCAUGAUCCUCACGCUGAUGAACCCUAUCACAUAUUGGAGAUUCCGGCAAAUCAGAUCAAAGUGGGCGAUCUUCUAGGAGAAGGGCAGUUCGGAGUGGUCUACAAAGGCUUUUGGACAGGAGGCUUGAUUAAUGGCGAUCCUCUUCAGGUAGCCAUCAAGUCAGUUCGUGCCGAUGCAACCAAUGCUGAUCGGGCCAGCCUUGAAGAGGAAGUGAGAACUGUGGCGUCGUUUGAUCAUCCUCACGUCAUUCGAUUACUGGGUAGGUUCUCUUUGAGAAUUCACUUGGUUUUCACGACUCAUGAAUUAAGGGGUUUAGGUGUCGCUUAUCUGAAUGGCCGGUUAUCAGCUGUGUUCGAGUACAUGGUUAACGGUGAUCUGCACGAGUUCCUCAGAAUACGUGCUCCAUCUCAUCCCGAUCACAAUCCAGCCGACGACAGUAAUGACUUCAUGAGCAUAGCCACUCAAAUGGUUCAUCGCUCAUGGAUGCCGGUGAGAUGGAUGGCGAAAGAGGCAAUCGAACAGGGUCGGUUUAGCGAAGCAUCUGACGUGUGGUCGUUUGGCGUGACCCUGUGGGAGAUAUGGAGUUAUGGUCGUCAACCGUACGGAUCUGCUUCGAAUCAGACUGUCAUCGAACUGAUUGCCAAUCGACACCUGCUCGAAUGUCCCACAGAACUGCCCAACGAAUAUCUAUGGUGUUGGAAUGCGAAUCCGGAUCGGCGACCGACGUUCUCGGAGAUUCACAGCCGCCUUCAGUCAUGGUCUGUUGUCAGCCCAGCGCAUUCGAUCUUGCACAAUCAACGGGCAAGUGCCAGCUCCCAAAGCGGUUCAUCUGGCGCUGGUGGACGCGGCCAGUCUAACCGGGUGUCGUCGUUGACUCGAACGGCCCCGUAUCAACAGCAGACCACACGACAACGACGGACUGAUGACGCCAGUCCUUUGAUGAGAAGAGAUGCCAACUAUGCUUACUCAGAUGAUGGCGAUAGCGACUGA